CCUUGACUAAUGGAGAAAUUGGUUAUCAAAGUUCUGUUAGCAAUUCAUCUAUGGUUUCAAAUAAACACGAACAAAUAAUUGAUAAUUGGAUAAAAAGAUACGGUCAAGAAGAAAAAGAAAUUCGUGAUAAUUUAGAAGAAUUAAAACUUGCUUCAGAUGAUGGUUCUGCUAGAAAUUUUUUGUAUGGUAUUGUACCUGAUGAAGAUUUUCAAGAUGAAAAUUGUGCUAUAGUUACAGCUUUUGUUUGUUGGUUUGGUGUUCAGGAUGAAAAUGGAAAAAGAAAAUAUUGUAAUAGUAAUGUUAGA